CAGCAAUGGGCUAUCUCGUUGUACCCUCGGUAACUCGAAGCCCCGUGCAGCUUGCCAAAGAUAUUUGAUUCUAGCCUUCCAUUGAUCCUAAUAGGCACCUCACUCCAAGUCCGUCGCUAGCAAAAAGUUCGCGUCACGGUCGACACUCUUGUUCUUUCGUUCUCGCGUUAUAUGCUUGGCGAUACUGGAUGAUUUCUUCCUAAACAUGGUUCAUGCAGAGAACCUCCUCCACUACCGUGCCGGAUGUGAAAAUCUCGGUUAUUUCAAAUCUGUACCCUGGUGCGCAGCAAUAAUCAAUAAUCCGAAAUAUGUGCCAAGUGUAACACCCACAAGACUCCCAAAACCUACUGGAGAAGACGAGUUCUUUGCGAAGACACUUCAAACAGAGGAUACAAUCAAGCGGUUGCUGACGAUCAACUCUAUUCCUGAUCCAUCCAGAGAUCCGCCAAUAAAAGAAGUGCUUGUGUUUUUCGAGGUUGGCAAGGGAGUGAAUGGAUACCCAAACACGUGCCACGGCGGCUUUGUGGCCACAAUGCUCGACGAGGUUAUGGGUCUCGUCUUGAAUGUCAUUCAACUAUACGAGAACAGCAAGACCGGUCGUAACGACAAAAUUUCGCACAUGACCGCUUAUCUGAAUACCAGAUACUUGGCCCCCGUUCCAACCCCAGGUAUCAUAUUGGCGACAGCAACGGUCGUGAAACAAGAGGGUCGAAAAAUGUGGAUCAAAGGAACCCUUGAAGAUAGCGAACGAAAGAUCAUGGCAGAAUCAGAAUCAUUGUACAUCCAAGCGAAAAAGGACCCUAGAGCCAGCCUAAAACUGUGAAAAGGUAGUUUGCAGCGAAAAGCUCACGUCUUGAAUAUGGUGCGCAAAAAUUCUCUUUGCACAUUUCGAGUCCGCUUUCAUCGAUAUACCGGGCCCCUGUGGCUUAUACGAAAGAAUCAAAGAGGAACAAUGCUUAUUUAAAGCGGAACGCUGAGUAAUCUCAAUCGGCCUCACCCUCGACCCAGGCUGUUCAGCACGAUAUCACUCUAUGCAUUCAGUUUAUUACCAUAAGAUCAGAAAGAUGGUCAAGCGGAAUCUCGUUUGGUGUAACGGUAGCAUCCCAGCUUGUCUUUCCAAUGACAGAACAAGCCGCUGGGGAUCGAGGUUCAACUCCUCGAACGAGAGAUUCUUUUUACUCGUCCACGCAGCUGAUGGCUUUGUCAUGAUCGAUGGGGCAUGCGGCAUACCUCUUGAGUCAGCGUUAUGUAAGCUCGGAGCGGACAGGUCAUUGCAACUCACACGUACUCCAGGAUUGGUAAAGAAAUUAGACAUGAUUGAUAGAUUUUCAAGAAUAAAAAGAUCAUCUCCG